CAACUUAUUCAGGGAAUCAGGGUUCAAGUUAGGAGUGUAUAUAUAGAGGGAAGAAGUCAACCUUCGAAGGGGCUAUACUUCUUUGCAUAUAGAAUAAGAAUCUCCAAUAACUCGGACCAACCUGUUCAACUUCUUAAAAGGCAUUGGAUUAUAACAGAUGGUAAUGGGAAAAUGGAAAAUGUCUGGGGGAGUGGUGUUGUAGGUGAACAGCUAACAAUACUUUCUGGGAUUAGUUUUGAAUACUCUUCAGCAUGGCCAUUGAACACACCAAAUGGUAGAAUGGAAGGUGACUUUGAGAUGAUACAUAUUGAUAAAGUAGGCUCAAGAUCGUUUAACGUGGCCAUUGCCCCUAGGAAUCAUAAUUAUAGGUAUGUACACCAUCCAAAACAUUCUAUAUAUACAUAAAUAAUUCAAAGAUUAUAUAGAGUAGGAUGAUGAUGACUUUCCCUUGUUACAUAACAAUUUAGCAUGUCUGUUUCCUAGAAGCUUAAAUCCAGAGAUUCUUGAAGGUUUACUUGGAGCAAGUUAGCCCUUGCAACUUGAUUGGUUUGUGUGCAAUU